AGCGAUGACAGUGAUAAAGUCUCCUUGGUUGAACGCGUUUUUCAAACUCGUCUAGUCUCUUCCGCACGUUGCAUCGUAUCAUUGCAGCGUUUUGAUCCAGAAUGGGAGGACCUUGUCGAUAUCGACAUCGCUCAAAUAAGAGACCGAGAUAAAAUCAAAGUAGUGACAAUAGACAACAGCCAAACAUCCAUGGCAGGUGAAACAUCUACCGCUAGUCUGGAUAGCCAUGAUCAUGGUGUAGAACAAUUAAUCCAGAACCUGCAAGAAGAGAGAACUGGUCUUGAUUAUAACCUCAGUAUAGCACAGGCCACCCUGGAGUCGCUGAAAGUCGCCCCAAGGGAAAGAGGUCUUGCAGGGAAACACACUAAUUUUACUUGCAGCAGUUGCCAUUACAAAGGACACCGUGUUAAUAACUGCAUGUUGCAUCCCUGUCGUGGGUACUAUGAAUGUGGCCAGCUCUCAUUACACCGGGAACACAGAGAUCACUUAAAACAGGUUAGUUGAUAGACUAAAUUUUUAAGCAACAGAAAGUGUUUUCCGUGUUUGCACGGCCUAAUAUAAGCACAAGAGGGGUUGGGAGAAUUCUCGACAGUUUGCAUUGUCUCGGCUUUGCAUAACUUUCUUGCAUUCUCCCAACCCCAAUCUCUGGUGCUUAUAGCAGGCUAUGCAAAUACAGGAAAAAUGUUUUCUAUUGCUUUUUUAUAAAUUGACUUUCCCAAGAAAAAAAUGCAACACUAUUUGUUAUGGCAUAUAUAUUAGCAAAAGAUUUUAACAUACCAAAUUAGGAAAGGUAUCAUUGUUUAUUUCAAAACAAUGGGGCGCAUUGAAUAUUCAAAAUAACCAAUGGCAUAGCCUUGACAACCUUGAAGGUAAAUGUCCCGUGAGUAGCCUCCACCCCCACCCUGUGUCCUUGAAAGAUGCACUCUUCUGAAGUGUGGUUAUUGGUGUCAUAAAGUGAUCUUUAAAUGUCUACACUGCACAUGAUUAUGGUUUCUGUGCAUUUACUGGUGACACUUGUUAUUGUUUAAUCCAGGCUGAAGCUGAAGUGAGAGAAAUCCAAAAACAGCUGAAGAGAAAUAUGGAUGAAAUAGAAAACUACAAAUUGCUCAAGUAUGUCAUCAUUAUUCAAUAUUGCACAAAAAGUGUGUGUGUGUGUUUUUUGGAGCAUCCAAUGUUUUAUGUUUGGCAAUUGUUAUAUAAUGUAAGGUUAUCAAAAGGUGACAGAAAAGGCUGAACUUGUGCAGAGACACUAACACACUAGAAACAUUGUUGGUUGAAAAUUGUAAUUUGGAGAGAGGACAGGAAAACUACACCAGUAAUUUUAGUAUUGCAUCAUUACUUUUAAUACUUCUUGUCCCCACUAACCUGACUCAAUGAAAUCGAUCACAGAAAAACAGGUAAGAGGUGUGGCUGUAAGGGGAGGUUUUCCAUUUUGCUCAGGGAAAUUUCACAUUUGUCAGGGAAAAGGCAACAUUUUGAAAUUUAUUGUUUGUUGUGACCAUGUAUAAUAUAUAUGUAUGUACAUUAUUGUUGUCUUCCCAUCAUAUAUUCAGAUUCUUGUCCUUUUUUUUGCUAGGGAAAGGACAAGAACCAACUUUUUUGCAGUCACUAGGAAAAAGCUGCAGUGUCAUAAUCCCAUCAAGUAUUCCAACAGAACAACACUAGACAAUGAUCUAAGAAUUUUAGCUACUGCAUGUAAUCAUAGGGUUCCAUCAGACACUGCAGAUUUAGAGCAGAUAAUUGAGAAUUAUAGAAAUAAGGCAAGUAGGGUGAAGUCUGUUCAGAAUCAUGUUUCACAUGAUUAUAAUCGCACUGUGUACCAGAAACAGAAUUUGAACCAAUGUAAAUCGCCAAUAACAAUCAACAACCAAUGGGCACCAUUUAGCAUGCCUCAUUCACCACCAUACUAUGAAACUCAAAGUCCACCACCAUACAUGCACCAUCGAACCCCAAGUCCUGUGUCCCGUUGUCGGCCACCAUAUAUGCAGCGCACAACUUCAAAUCUACGUCCACAAAGCCCAAGGUGGCAUUCUCCCUUUCAAAAUGUCAAUUACAGCAGACCUAAUUUGUCACCUGCCUUUUCCCCACAAUAUCAUUAUUCACCCAUGGGAGGGUAUCAUCAGAAACCACACCAGACACACCCCAACCAUUCUCAUAGAAGUUUUAAGACUCGCCUAAAUGAACAUGACCAUCCCUCCAAGAAGAGACUUAAGUAUACCAACCAGGCGCACAAAGAACCUGGCAAGAAAUUCAGGGAAUCUCUUAAAAGUGUAGCUGAAACUAAAACUGUUACCACUAUUGGGUCAGGUGAUGAAACACAAGAUGAUUCUCCUGUGGAAAGCCCUGGUCCUAAAACAAGCAGCGCAGAAGCAGAGGCAAGUGUGGUGAAAAGCAGUGAUGAAUGUUUUUCACAGUCUAUAAUAGAGGAAUCUUUUAAUUAUGAUGAAUGGGUGAAAAAGCAAAUUGCUAUAACAAAAGAAAUCUCUAAAAGUGAAUAA